AUGGAUCUGAAGCACAGUGCGGGUGGAGCUGGCGAGAACAGCGAGACCUUCAUUGCCACCAGCAAGUCCACAGACAUGAUCACGCCCAAGGAGAAGGAGGGCAAGGGGGCCAAGGCGGCGGGUGGCCAUAACCCUCCAGCCGAAGGGUACAAAGUCUACGCCCGACGCUGGGCGGUGCUCAUCCUCUUUGUGUUCUACUCAUCCUCGAAUGCCAUGCAGUGGAUACAAUACACCAUCAUCAACAACAUAAUAACCCGCUACUAUGGCAUCAGCGACAAGUGGGUGGACUGGACGUCCAUGAUUUAUAUGAUCCUGUACAUACCGCUCAUAUUCCCCGGCAGUUGGUUUUUGGAUAAAGUGGGUCUUCGCAUCACGGCCCUCGUUGGAAUCGUGGGCACUUGUGUGGGUGCCUGGAUCAAGGUCUUCUCGGUGGACCCGUCGCUCUUCUACGUCAGCUUCAUCGGCCAGUCGAUCGUGGCCCUGGCCCAGGUGUGCAUCCUGUCGCUUCCCGCGCGCCUGGCUGCGGUGUGGUUCGGUCCGGACCAGGUGUCCUCGGCCACCAGCGUGGGAGUCUUUGGCAACCAGCUGGGCGUGGCCGUGGGCUUCGUGCUGCCACCCAUGCUGGUGCCCAACUCACCGGAUCUCGAGACGGUGGGCAGUGAUCUGCAGAUGAUGUUCUACUUGGUGGCCGGGCUCACCUCCAUCCUGCUCGUCCUGAUGGUGAUAUUUUUCCAGGACAAGCCACCCACUCCGCCAUCCGCCGCCCAGGAGGCGGCCCAACUCUUGGAAAGUUCCGGAGCGGAGCAAGUCAGCUUCAUGCAGUCGCUGAAGAACCUGAUGACCAACCGGAACUUCAUCUUCCUGCUCCUCUCGUACGGCAUCAAUGUGGGCGUCUUUUACGCCAUUUCCACGCUCCUCAAUCCGGUGGUGCUGAAGUAUUAUCCCGGCCACGAGGUGGACGCCGGACGUAUUGGGCUCAGCAUUGUGCUAGCCGGGAUGCUGGGCUCCGUGGUAUCGGGCAUUGUGCUGGAUAAGACGCACAAGUUCAAGGAAACGACGCUGGCGGUCUACGCGCUGUCCAUGGUGGGCAUGUGGAUCUUCACCUUCACCUUGGACACGGGGCACAUCGCGGUGGUCUACCUGACGGCCUCGCUGCUGGGCUUCUUUAUGACUGGUUACCUGCCGGUGGGCUUCGAGUUCGGCGCCGAGCUGACCUUCCCGGAGCCGGAGGGCACAUCCUCCGGCCUGCUGAACGCCUCCGCCCAAACCUUCGGCAUAUGCUUCACGCUCUUCUAUUCGGAGCUGUUCACAACGUUUGGCGACAUAGCCGCCAACAUAACCAUGGCCGUGAUGCUGAUUGUGGGCACCAUUAUCACGGCCAUCACCCAGUCGGAUCUGCGGCGCCAGAACGCCCAGGUGCCGGCCAGCGGCCAGGCUGGCAAUCCAUAGGAAACUCAGGCCGGCACGGCGACCGUCUUUUAUGUAUAGUAUUCCACGCAUAUCGUUUUACUAUUUAAUUUAUUUAAUAGUUUACUGUACAUUCCGUUGUAGCCUUAAGUGUUGAAUUUUAAACUGUUCAUUAAAGGUGCAUAGCAACAUACACACGAACACAAACACGACACGACACGCACACCACAUGCGAAUACAAACACGAACAUGAAUAUGAAUAUGAGUAAGCUUAGGCAGUUAUUUUUUCAAUUUUAUAUUGGCCACCGAUUACGGUUUAGUGCUUAGGUUAGAUGAAUCCAAAUUCAGCAGCCCCGAGACUUGCAUCGAAAUUCCGCUUUAUCUUUGCGUUGCCACUGCACUGCAACACCAACUAACACAGGCAAGCCACACAGUACAGACGAGACAAGACAUGUUACGUAUUACGUAUAUGGAAAUAUGCCCAGUAUUAUAGCCCUAAUAUUCUAGCGAACGUUGACAGUUUGAUUGCUAAGCGGAGUAUCCAAAGCAGUUUGAGGCAGUGUAUCCGAAACCAGCGAAUGCCGAAUUACCGAACAGUAGCUGCGCUGCUCUCGUCUUCGAUUGUUGUUCCCCCCUCCUUCGCCUUUCGCCUUCUGCAACAGCGUGUGUACAUAAUAUAUAUAACUGUAUUCCGAACCCGAUCCACCGAGGGCGCUGCUACUGUUGUACAAAGCACAAGUAUAUCCUGCAUAUCUGGCAAACUGUAAUAUUUUGGAUGAUGAUUUACAACUAACAGCAGAUUCAAGUCAAAAUAUAUACAUAUAUACCUAUACGAGAAAUAUAUAUCUAUACAUUUGAUAGUGUUGUGAAGUAGAGGAACCCACACUGAACACUCCGCCGGCGGCAAUGCGUAAUCCACUUUUGUAGAUAGCCUUUAGGCCGACCUUUAGGCCAAGUGACAAGCGCAAGGAAGUUAUGCAUCUUCCACCCAGAGUCAAUUGAGAUGGCCAAGGAGCAGACACACUGACUACCUGACAUGAACCACCUACACAGUACAGAAACCCUGGUGCCGAAUCCGAGAUGGGCACUAGAACAGCCGGCGUCGUGAUAACACGCAAGCUUUAACUCUCACUUGUUGUUAGAUUCCGGAUGGUCAGAGAUAAAAAGAUAGUUAACACGCGGAAGCCACGUAGCGAUUUCUUCAUAGCCACGAGUUCUUGCAAAACGAUAUAUGUGAAUGUAAAUGUGUACGUGUAUAAAAGUAUUCAAUAAACUAUAUUAAAU